UGAACGGCUCGUCAGUCCCUUGUCUUUGAAGCAAAAAGAGGUUGACUAGAUCAAUCACAUGCAACCGCUCCUAUCACCGAUCUCAGCUCCCGUCAAGCAGCAUUAAAGUUCAGCACCGCCUUUUAGCCGUUUUCUAGUAUUUGGAACCACCGAGGACCAUACUAUGGGCGACUGUCAGGAAUCUCACCUCCUUCAACUCCCUUCAUAUAAGCGAGUCGAACCCGGUUCAGUCGACAUCCCUCUCGGCAAAUUCCCGGUGUCACCCAGCUCUAUACCCACCGAAUGUCAACAAGUUGCACAAUCAAUCAUCAAGCAGUUCAAUCAAGCACUUGUGGAGAAAGACUACGCUUCUCUCGCUGGGCUCUUUCUAGAACAUGGCUAUUGGCGCGAUCACUUGGCCGUGUCGUGGCAGUUGCGGACUGUAAAAUCACCUGCGGGUAUCGCAGGAUUUCUGCAAGAGGGAUGUCGCCUUACCAGGGUUUCUAUCGACACGUCCUCCGCCUUCCGGAGUCCUCACGUCAGCAACAUCGAUGGAUUUGGGGACGUCAAAGGGAUUGAGUUCUGCAUUGACGUAGAGACUGAGGUUGGUGUUGGCAGAGGUCUAGUCAGAUUGGCGGAGCAGCAGAUGCAAUGGAAGAUCUUCACAUUUUUCACUACGUUGGAGGAGCUGUGUGGUUAUGAAGAGCCUCUCAAUCAUCGCAGGACCCCAGGUGUGGCACACGGAGGAGAUCCCAAUCGCAAGAACUGGCUGGAAAAGCGCCAGGCUGCUCAGAAUUUUGAAGAUAGAGAGCCAAAAGUUCUCAUCAUAGGCGCUGGCCAAGGAGGGUUGACCGCUGCUGCUCGGCUCAACAUGCUCAACGUCGAUACUUUGGUCAUUGAUGCCAACACUAGGGUAGGCGACAACUGGAGGAAGAGAUAUCGUCAACUGGUGCUUCAUGAUCCCGUGUGGUAUGACCACAUGCCAUAUCUCAGCUUUCCCGCUCACUGGCCAAUCUUCACGCCCAAAGACAAGUUGGCCGACUUUUUCGAGGCAUAUGUGCAGUUACUCGAACUCAACGUUUGGACGGAAACAACGUUAAGCUCCCCAACCUGGGAUGAAGAGAAGCAGCAGUGGAACAUCACGCUGCAUCGAAGGCAAGAAGACGGCACUCUCACCAACCGCAUCAUUCAUCCGAAACAUGUCAUCCAGGCGUCUGGACACUCUGGCAAAAAGAACUUCCCCCAAAUGGAAGGGAUUCCCAAUUUCCAAGGCGACCGUCUGUGCCACAGCUCUGAAUUCACCGGGGCAAAGGAUGGUCGAGGCAAGAAGGCCAUCGUUGUAGGAUCUUGCAACUCAGGUCAUGACAUUGCGCAAGACUUCUACGAGAAAGGCUACGACAUCACUAUGGUACAGCGGAGUUCUACUUGCGUCGUGUCCUCUAAAGCUAUUGUUGAGAUAGGACUUAAGGGAUUGUACGACGAAGAUAGCCCUCCAGUCGAAGACGCCGAUCUGUGGCUACAUGGAUUGCCAAUGGAGUUGUUGAAGGCUCAACAAGUCAAGGUUACCAAGCAACAGAGCGAGCAUGAUCGCGAGAUGCUCUCGGGUCUUGAAAAAGCAGGAUUCCGUCUCGACCGGGGGCCUAUGGACUCUGGUCUAUUCUUAAAGUACUUCCAGCGAGGUGGAGGAUACUACAUCGAUGUUGGCGCGAGUCAGUUGAUCAUUGACGGCAAGAUCAAAAUCAAGCAAGGACAGGAGAUCAAGGAAGUUCUCCCUCACGGACUUCGAUUCGCCGAUGGAUCAGAACUGGAAGCCGAUGAGAUCGUCUUCGCAACAGGGUAUCAGAAUAUGAAAAGCCAGGCAGAACUCAUCUUUGGUCGUGCGGUGAGCGAUCGCGUUGACAGCGUGUGGGGUUUCAAUGAAGAAGGCGAGUUUAGAACUAUAUGGCAGCAGAGCGGUCAUCCAGGAUUCUGGUUCAUGGGUGGUAAUCUGGCUGCUGCCAGAUAUUACUCCAGAAUUCUGGCAUUACAAAUCAAAGCCCUGGAGGAAGGUUUGAUGAAGUAUGGAGCAAGAUAG